AGCUCUUUCUCAUUUAUUUUCUCCACCCUAAAGAAAUUUCCUUUCCCCCACCAUUGAUUUUCAAAGCUUCUCCUCUCUCUUUCUCACUCUCUUUCCCUCUCUUUCUCUUUUUCCCCCAUAGCUAGCCGCCUCAAAAAUCCAAAGACCCUUUCUUCUUAUUCCUAAUUCUCUCUGAUUCUUACUAGUUUGUUCUGAUUCUUGGAGCAAAACUAAACCCUUCUUUUGUUUCAUUCUGAUUCCUUGUGUAUCUCUCAGAUUUUGUUCUGAUUCCGAUAUCGAAAACCCGCCUUUUGGUGCUUGUUAUUUGUUUUGGGACACCCUUUUAGAGAAAUGGGUUUUUCCAAGAAGUCACAAGUGGUGGACGGAGGCCUGGAAUCCGAGGGGAAGAAGUGGGUAAUUGCCGGAAUCUCGGUCAGAGCUUCGCUGAAGCCGGUAAAGACCAAGCCGAGGAGAGCUAAGCAGAGCGAGGAGGGCGGUGAAGAAGAAGAGGCAGGUUCAACAACCCCAACGGCGAAAGAAGCGAGAAUACCGGAGACGUUUUCGUGCCCGGCGGCGCCAAGAAAGCGGCGACCGGCGUCGGUGUGUAACUUCAGUGGGGUGAGGGAGUACUUCAUCCCACCGGAUUUGGAGACGGUUUUCAAACUCCAUGUGGAGAAAGCAAACUGAAAGUUAAGGUUGAGAUUAGGCCAUGAAGGAAACAAACAAGAAAGUUAGAGCUGAGAUUAGCUAGGGAGGUUUUGUUGUGUUUUUUAUCUAUCUGUUUUAUGACUUUAUCUUUGUAUGUUAACUCUGAGUGUUCUCUUCUCUUUCUCUGGUUUGAGUAGCAGCACUGAGAAAGAGGGAGGAGUUUUAUGUUGUACAAACAGAUAUGAAAUAUUUUAGUAAUGGGUAUUUCUAGUUUAGUGA